GAAAAUUGCCUCGACAUUCUCCGCACUCGAAAAUCUUCGCUGAGCUGAGCCGCAUAUCGAGGUGAACUCCCAGGCGUGCGCGCCGUCGUCGACAACUGGUGGAUAUCAAAAUGUGGUUCAAAAGCUGUGCUUUAAAACACAACAUCGUGUCUAAAAGAAAGUGUUUUAGAGGGGCAUCAUUGACUCCAAAGGAAUAUGCAGAUACUUCAAAGGGCCUUCAAUGCGACAAAACUGCCAAUAACUACUGUCCUGAGUGUGGGUUCCGGCUGUUGGAGUGUGCAAUAAGGAACCAGCACACCGAUAUGAUUGAGUUGUUGCUUAAGAAUGGAGCUGAAAUUUUUCGAGAUAAUGACAUUGGAAGAGGCAUUGAGACAAUGGACGCCUUAGUUAAGCUUGGUUAUAAAGAAGUUGAAGGCGAGUUUUUGUACACUUCAAGCUCUGUGGGGAGAUUCAACGUUUGGGCUACCUUUUCAGUCAAAAAUCGUGGGAUUGCUAUAUUUUAUGGUGGCAAGAGUCGAAUGAAUGUCCAGGGCAAGGAACCAGAUGUGUAUUUCGCAUGGGGCAAGGCUACUUUCAAGCAGGAAGGAUCUGUGUUACGGAUCAAAGAUGGAUUGGAGACUUCCUUGCUGGAACCAGCAGAACCUCCAUAUUUGGGUAGCAAAGAGAUAUUCUACUGGUUUUGCAACCAGUUAAAUGAGGCUAUUGGUUUGGGUUCUGUGGUGGAUGAUGGCUUUGAUCUCUCGGAUAUAGAGAUGGCACUCAAAGCUUCACUGGACCAUUUUGGACAGCCAUCUUCACAGCCUUCAAUGGCUAUUGGUUUGGGUUCUGUGGUGGAUGAUGGCUUUGAUCCCUCUGAUAUAGAGAUGGCACUCAAAGCUUCAUUGGACCAUUUUGGACAGACAUCUUUACAGCCUUCUGCACCACCUUUGCCCGAAGAUGACUGCACCAUUUGUUUUGGUCAUAGAGUUGACACUGCCUUUGUUCCCUGCGGUCAUCUUAUUUGCUCACCAUGUGCAGAAAAGAUUCAGCAUCAGAACAUGCGGUGUCCCUUCUGCCGUGAGGUGGUGAAGAACUUUGCAAUUCCUAGGAUUUGAUUGCAAAAGGAAGAUAGCUUUUGAUGGGAAGGUUCGAAGAAAGAAAGGAAAUAUUUGGGAUGGAUGGAAAAGAGAGACGUUGUGCAGAUGGAUCAAGCAGCAUUUUGGAGGAAGCUGUAUUUUGCUAUUGAUGAUGAUGAAUUUGUUUGGUGUUGACUGUGGAGAUUUACUGCAUUUGGAUUUUAUUGAAAUAGGUACUCUUCCAGAUUAAAAUGAGAGUUGGGUUUGAAUUCCAACCCUGUUGAUUGAUGAGAGAGCGAGCAUACGCUUCUAACUGGUUGUAGUAUUUUGGUAGAUUAAAGUUAGAAUGCUACUAAGAAGCAUGAUGAUUAGCACGGAAAAUAUGACAUGUAUAAGAACCACAGCUAUAAUGUGACAUGUAUAAGAGCCACAGCUAUAAUAUGACAUAUAUAAGAACCACAGCUAUAAGCAUUUCUUUCUUUUUUUGGA